GUAACACUAAGCCCUUUGUGUAAGUUUUAAUAUUGUGUAAUAAGUAUAGGUGCACUAGGUGAGAAAGGGGUGAUUUAUGCCACAGUUACACUAAUCCUAAUGUUUGUAGCGCUAACAAAUCAUGGUACUGAGUGAUUUCUGUAAUUUCACAAGUUUUAAACCAAUAUCUCUGUCAUUUGUCAUGUUUCUCCUACAGGAAGCAAAAAUGUUUGGAGUUGUGGUAGUGGGAAUUGGAAUUGCCGGCUCCGUACGGAUCAGAGACCUCCAGAACCCUUUGCAGUCAAGUCCUUCAGAGAACUUCAAGCUUGCUGGGUUUGUGUCAAGGUAUGUUAAGGCCAUUGGGCAUGGUAUGAUGAAUGUCAUUUAAGCUCUAGUGGAAACUGAACACUGAAAUUCUUGCAACACUUUAUAUUGGUGGAGAAGGUCAUGUGUUUGUCACGAGUGAAGCCAUAUGUAUCUGUGCAAAUUAGAGCUUGUAUGGCAUGCAGAUACUAUGCAAAAACUUCUACAGGUAAGGGGAAACAAAGUCAUAGGAAAAAUAAGGUACACCCUCUUUAAAUUCUAUGGUUUUAUAUAUCGGGAUAAAACAAUCAUCUGUUCCUUAGCAGGACUUUAACAAUUGUACAUAUAUUACCAAUUCUCCAAAGGUAUGCAAACUUUUGAGCACAAUUAAAUGAUUGAAGAGUAUUGACUGGCAUUUUCAAGGCUUUGGAUAUGUUUUUUUUUUUAUAUCCCUUUCCUUCUUUAUAAAGUUCCAUCAUCUUGUUACGCAGCUCUUUUGACCGUUUUUUUUCUGCUCCCCAUGGCUCAGUACCUAGCCUGCUCAGUGCAUCCAAGUGAGAGCUAACAAACUCAUUGUCCAUUUGUACACAGAUACUAACUGCAAUUUAAAACGCCAUGUGUAGGAAAUUACCCUUUAAUUGUCAUUUUAACCUGUGUGUGUCACCUCGUGUGUCUAUAACAAGGCCAAACAUUCUAGGGUAUGUAAACUUUUGAUCAAGGCCAUUUGGGUGAUCUCUGUUAUCAUGAUUUUAAAAGGAGCCAUGUGACAUAUAUAAAUUGCUUCAUAUAAUCACUAUCCUUUAAUAAAAGACAUGUUUUUGCAUGAUCAAUCAUAUUUUCAAAAUCAAUGACACAAAUUUCACAAUUUUUGCCAGGGUAUGCAAACGUUUGAGCACGUCAUGUGUCCUUAAGGGGUUAAAGAUGAAACACUGCUCACCCAGAUUCCUACCUACAAUAAGCAGAAGUUUGUUGUCACGGUGUUUGGAGUAACCCUUCAAAUCAAAUGUGUUAUAACGCAAGAAAAGGAGAAUUUAGACUGCCUCAACCAACAAAUAACUAGUGAUGUCCCGAACGGUUCGCCACAAACGGUUCGCCACGGACUCAUCAUUGAGUAAACUUUGACCCUGUACCUCACAGUCAGCAGACACAUUCCAGCCAAUCAGCAGCAGACCCUCCCUCCCAGACCCUCCCACCUCCUGGACAGCAUCCAUUUUACAUUCAUUGUGAAGCUGUAUUCUUAGUGAGCUGUCCAGGAGGUGGGAGGGUCUGGGAGGGAGGGUCUGCUGCUGAUUGGCUGGAAUGUGUCUGCUGACUGUGAGGUACAGGUCAAAGUUUACUCAAUGAUGAGUCCGCGGCGAACCGUUCGGCGAACUGCUCGGGACAUCACUACAAAUAACCACUUAAUUACAAAACUUACCAACGUUUCUUCUGUGGGUUUCUCCUUAUUUUUUUAUAUUCUAUAACCCGACAUUGGAUUAAGAAUAAACACAUAAAGGCCCAUUUUGAGGUAUAUUCUAGUAGAUAGUGUGAAAGAUUGUUACAUCAGUCCUGUGCAUAAAUGUAGUUGGCAGAUUUAUCAUAACAUGAAGCCACUGAUUUGUCCAUCAGGUACAUGUGCUCUUGUUUAUUUUAGCAAUGCUUCUUACAUGUCUCUAUCUGUAUGUAUUAGGAGGAAUCUUGGUCCGUUUAAUACUGCAAAGCAGAUCAGCCUCGAAGAAGCACUAAAGAGCAAUGAUGUCAAUGCGGCCUUCAUUUGUACAGAAAAUCAGAACCAUGAAGAGAGCGUAAGGUAAGACAGGUUUUCUGUCAUGUAUGUGUGUGUGUAUUGCUUAAAACUUGUAACAUUAAACUCACAGUCAUUGAAAGAGUUACUCACAAGCUGGAGUAUUCACUAAACUGUGAAGAUAUUCACCUGGGAAUAACGUUUUCUUAGGGUCUCCCUAGAUUUUAAAACGGUAAUCCAGACGUGGAUCCCGAGCUCACUGUAACUAGAUGAGGUCCACGAUUGUCUGGGAUUGCUACACCUCUUUUGCAGUAGGAACUUGCCAACACUUUAGAUCUGAAGCAUGCUUUUGAGUGGGAUUAGUCUGAUACAGAAACUGUAUAAGUUCUCUAAGUAAUGGUAUUUUUUAUUUUUUUAUUUUUUUUAAACUGAGCAAGGAUUUACUAUUGAGAUGCUAGUGAUUAUUGGGCUGCUUACAAAGUCGGACCACACCCUCGUAGGUUCACAUAGCAUUUGUUUAUUGAAAGGGUUACACUGAAAGCAGCUUAGCGGAGAAAUGCAUUUCUGGCUUGGGGCAAUACCAGCCACAACUUAUAAAGUUGUUACACAAUGAUCUAAAAAACAUGGUUAAUAAAGCCAAUACAAAAAAAAACCCAAUAGGUUAAUACAUAAUUAUUAUUGAAGCAUACAAUGAAUGAUUAUGCUCUGACUCAUUAUUUUUGCAAACAAGGAUAUGGGAGGCACAGGAGAAAUCCAUAAUCCAUAUCUAGGUUUUUUCAGACCACGCUUCAAGGUCAAGAUAUACUGUUCGUACAACAAGGUUUUCACAGUGAGAGAAGACAACAGACAAAUGAAAAACAAAAAAAUAUAGGAGCUUUGUGUGUGCUUAGAAAUAAUGUCAAGCAAAUUGGUGCAUUAACCACUCUUUCCUAGUAAGCAGAUGAACCUCCAUUUUCCUCACUGAGGUGUCUCUGAACUUUUGCCCAUUCUCAGAGUUCUAAUCCCUUUUCGCUUCAAUAGCAUGCUUUAGACUAAAAUCUAUUUCUCCAAGUCAGCUAUGUUUCCAUCCUGGCUAGCAUUUAGAGCAUUAUUUGGUUACAUGAAGUUCCCAAAGAUUUAGUAAAUAGGCUUGUGUGAGUGACCCCACUAAUCAGGCAAAAAAACUGGUCACAGUACAUUUUAUGGAGUUACUCACUAAGAAAGGGCUUGGCUAACCCCCCCCCCCGCCCCCGCCCCCCCAAAUUAGAAUCUAGUUGGGCAGCAGCCAAUGGGCAAGUAGCUUAAAAAUUAAUCAACACACACAGAAGCCUGAUUACUAACAUUACCCUUCACACCUCCUUUCAUUAUAUGGUUCCUCUUAUGUUUUUUCACCGAAUGAAGUCAUUCCUGAUUACAAGGAGCUCUGUGAGACUCUGGUUUGUGGCAAUUUUUUAUAAUUUUUUUUUAUAUUUAACCACAUGUCCAUUGAUUGAUUUCCCAGCUACCGCCUAAAUAUUGUAGCUUUUUGUAGUUUCACCUGCAAAAAACUGGUGAAAUUUUACAUUUGCAAACCGGAGUGCUAAUGUAACCGCUUAGAGGAAACUCUUCUGGUCUUUGCUAAAAGGAAAAAAAAAUCAUGUUUAAAGAACCUUAAAAACACCAAAUUAUUUAGAACCAGUUGUGCACAUUAGGUGCAAUUCACCAAAUAUACCUCAGGUGUCAAUAGUGGGUGCUGCCAUGUUUCUUCAGCUCCUGGAGCCGUGUUAGUGCUAAACUCUUGUUCGUGCAACAGUAAUGUCUAUGGAGGAGACCUAGGAAAUCUCCAUAGAUCAUGUUUGGCACAUGCUUUGCCUUUUGUCAAGUUUUUUUCAUUUUGAGGAUUUAAACAAAUAAGACAAACUAGAGUUUUCUUUGUCUUAUAUCUUUUUGACUGCAUUGUCAUUUCAGUUAAAGAUUUUAUCAUUAAGAAACACUCAUAAUAUUUUGGUGACAGGGCCACUUUAACUGUUUCUAUAUUACCAUGCCUUAUGGGGAAAAACAUAUCUAUACAAAUGGUAACUAUCGGGGUUAUUCACUAAAGUGAGAAUUCAAAGAGAAGUUCACCUUAUUAGGACAAAGUAGCCAUACUGUAAGCAUACUGAAUUAGAGACUUUUUCCACUUUGGAUAUUUUGGACUUCUUUUGUAAAUACCCUUUGAUACUCACUUUGAAUGCUGCUUUUUGUGAAUAUCCCUGUGAAUUCUAUUAUGUGUUUGUUUUUGUUGACAACUAAAAAAAUCCUCCUCUCGUCAAAAAGACUUUUCUUAGAGGCCGGGAAGCAUGUUCUUGUGGAAUACCCCAUGGCACUGUCUGAAGAAGCAGCUCUUGAAUUGUGGAGGUUGUCUGAGCAAAAAGGUAAAUAACUACUCAACACAACAUAUAGUAAGAUUGGCCACCUAUUGUGUGCAACAUGAGUGGACAUGUCUCACCAUUCAUCUGUGCAUUGUGUUGCUUUCAAAGGGAACAGCCCUUCCUGUUUUUUUGUUUUUGUUUUUUAUAUUGUGUUUCUUUCUUGAAAUUAAACUUUGAAAUCUACACCACCACUGUAUUUAGCUCUAUCCUGUGCCUGGACUGACCAGGAUUGUGAUAUCAAUUUCUAAAUCUAUAAUAUGCAUUUGGAAAAAGUCUAGCAUUGCAUAAGCGAAAAUAAGUGAUUUGCAAUGUUUUAUUCACUGGUGGUAGUUAGCAGAAAUAUAACUGGUCCCCUUUGAAGAAUUCAUUUCUAGAAUAUUUUAUCAUGUUUUUUACGUAGCAUUAUACGCUCCUGUGCUAGUUGUUCUUUUGCUAUUAAUAGUUCCCUUCCAUAAGGUUGAUUAAUACAUUACUUGUAAUAUGAGCCCAAGUUCCAAAUGUAGUUUACAUUCACUAGAAUAAGUUCUAGUUCAAUCAUUAUUCAAAGUCUAUUGAAAAACUGGGGAUGCAUUAUUGCACAUUCCCCCAAGCCCCCCCACCCUAGUUUCUGCAUUAUAGAAGAACUGCACACAAGUUAUCUUGAAAUAUAUAGCUACUUAUUGGUUCACCCAGAUGGAAUCUAAUAUGUAAUAAGAGUAACAUUUUGAGAUGCAAUCUUAUCCAGCGCCGCCAUGUCCUCAACUUUUUGGGUGUCACUCUUCGGUAACACCCACCUCUGGUUCGCCAUCACUUUUCCCACAGUCUCUUUUCAUUUUACCUGCUUUGGACAUUUCCCCAAGCAGGAAAAAUGUCUUCUGUGAUGCUGACAUGCUUGUGUCCUUGCCAGCAUGCUAGCGUCUGAACAUUACUAUACUCCCUAGCCAGCGGAAGCAGUGUUGGCUGGGAAGUUACCACGGCAAAGACCGUACAUGCACUGUGGUUGCUAUGGCUAGAGAUCAGAAGGAGCACAUGUGGGAGGUCUUUUUUGCUCUCCUUUGGCAUAGUCAAUGCCAAAGAACUGACAGGUGGGAGAAAGAUCUAUUGUUGAAUAAGUUUGUCUCCCAAACUAUGCCUUUACUAGCAAAUCUGUUAGCAGAAUGUAUGAAUAAAAUGUUAUGCUUUUUCAAAAGCGCAUACGUUCUAGGUACUCUGAUAGGUAUCCUUUAAGAAAAGGUAUCAUUCAUAAUUCUUUGUUAGGUGUAUGCAUGUAGAGUGAUUUUUCUUGCUUUUUGUGGGAUGCUGUGAUAGAUGCAAAUUUGCUCCUUAUGCAAUUAGUGUGUAUCUUUAAUUUGAAAUGGUAUUGAAUGUAUUGUAACUGUCCCUUGUUUAUUGCAGGAAAAGUUCUGCAUGUGGAACACAUUGAACUUCUUACUGAGGAAUACAAACAGCUAAAAAGGGAAGUGGAAGGGAAGAAGCUAGUGGAAGGAGCACUUCAUUUCACUGGUGAGAGAGGUUCAGUUUAACGGACUGUUUCUACAGAGUUCACAUGACUCAAUUGAUGUUCUUCAUGUGUAAAUUCACAAUGAAUAGAAUACAUGAACUCCACCAUAACCAUCUGGCCCAAACAUAAAAUAAAAAGGCAGGUCAUUAGCUCUGGAAAAAGAUGGGAUAAUAAAUGGAAUGAUGUUACAAUACCUCUGCACUACACCGGCCCAGUAACAGUUUGCUGCAGAUUAUGGGAUCUGGCCCGCUGACUGCCAAACGACGCACCGGACAGCCAGGUUCUACACGCCGUUCCCGACAACUCCAAUUGUAGUGAUGUGUAACGUCACAAUAGAGUGGGCCGCAAAGGAGCAGUGUGUAGAACGAAUGCAAGCUGCUCCUUAUAGCUCCCUCAUAGCACCAUGGAUGGGGUGGUUGCUCCUAACGAGAGAGAGAGAGAGAGAGAGAGAGAGAGAGUGUGUGUGUGUGUACACACACACCAAAUUAGAAGGCCAUGUACUAAAUUGAUGAAAGAUCAAAAUUAGGAAACUGGCUUAUUUCCUGUAUUUGUUAUUAUUACCACUCUUAUCAUUAUUACAUUACAUUUUUAGCUGUAUAGACAAAUGCAGUGCUUGAUCCAUACAGACAUGGCAUCCGGUCAUUCAUGUGAACAAAGGUUGCUGACCCCUAACUUUUAGACCCCUACUUGGAAGGGGCUUAAGGCAAAAAUUAAAAUGUAAUCUUCAGCUACUAGUUGGAUAUUGUCAACAAAUUCUUUUUUUUCUGCUGUCAGCCCAUCACUGCUGCUUGAGCUGCAGACCGCACCAAGGGACCGCACUAAGUUAACCCUUUCUAUAACUGUUAAACACAAGGUAAGAUGGCACCAGCAGACCACAGACACCAUAACAUCUUCAUAGUGGUGGCUAUGGUGCAGUAGCGGUGCCCCAUGUUAAGUAUUUCAAUUUAGCAUGGCUUGGCACUUAGUAGAAAGUGAAGUUCCUUGUGACAGUGCAGCUUUAGGGGAUAUACACAACUAAUGUCCUGGUUAGAGCAGAUUUUAAAUAAAUCUGGGGAAAUUCAGGUUCCCAUACUUUGUAGUUUUUGUUUUGUAUUAACUAUGCAAUAAAGGGGAAACUACUCAUUUGACUGGACCGUUUCAUGUACAAAUAUGAAAAUAUCCAUUAUUUUAUAAACCUUUUUCUGUGUGCCCAAUAAUAAUAAAUCCUUUUCAAGUCUUCGCUAACUUUUUUUUUUUUUUUUCUUUCAGGUGGACCUCUAGAUAAACAGCUUUCAGGGUUCCCUUCCUUUAGUGGUAUUGCCAGACUGUCCUGGCUGGUUGACCUCUUUGGGGAACUUUCUGUCACAUCAGCCAGUAAAGAGGAGCAGAAAGACCAGAAUUAUAUGAAACUCACUGCACAUUUUCUCACUGCAGAGAACAAGUAAGACUUUAAAGAAUGGUUAAGAUAAUCAGGACUCUUUACUAAAGUGAGAAUUGCCAGGAAUUCAAACUGAAUUUAAAAUUUAAGGCCAAAAUAGCCAAAAUGAAAACUAAAUGUAUUUGGGGAUUUUUAAUUUAUUUAUUUUUAAUUCUGCCAUUUUAGCCUAACUUUUGAAAGUCACUUUGAAUUCCUGGAAUAUCUCACUUUAGUGAAUUUGCCCUGAAGUAGACAGACUGGAGUGCAAAUUUUUCUAGAAUAUGCUGCAGGGUUUUGUCAUUGACAACUGCAACUGCUACGAUUAAUGUUUUACAAUUUCUUUUUAAGGAAAUGUGGAAUUCUUAAAGAAAUAAAAUGUCUUAUACUAUAUCUAUUUAUACAAAUAGUCAUAUGCAAAAUUAGACUUUAGACAUAUCAGAGGAACCACCCUUCAAAGCAUCUGCUUAUGAUUCAAGCUAGAUAUGGGGACUUGCCUCCUCUUUUCAGCCCCACAUGAACCCAGUAGCACCGUUACAUAUAUAUAUUGUGAGAGCCUGCAGAAAGCCCUGGUUCCAUACAUCUCUUACCGCUACAACAAAACAUUCUGCCAAGCAAGUUGUGCCCUUUCUCUAAGAAGGAGCAGGACUUGUCUAAUCCAUCUCACUGCUGACGGGAAUAAAUAGGAACUUUACAGCAUAUCCACUAUGCAUGACUAUCUCUGAUAUCGCCUGGGAGGGUUCAUUAGUUUGGUUUUCUUUUUCUACCCAGGCCUGGAUGUAUAUCACAGUUGGCCAGCUGCCACCUGCUUCAGUUGUUUCCAAGCACGUUUGGAACAAAAUACAAAUGGAAAUAGUACAGCUCAAAAUAAAAAAAGGUCCAACACUCAUCAGUAGAUGAACAAGGUUCCACCAUAGUAGUAGGUCUUUCUCAAGACUUGAGAAAUACCCGCUACUAGGCUGAAACAUUGUUUAGUCCGCUGUGGGGAUCUCAAUAAAUUUGGAGUGCUUUUCACCUACCAAUGUAUGUUAGACCUUUUUUUCAUUUGGAUUUGAAACUGAUUGGUUGUGAAGCCAGGGUCUGUUUUUUUACUUUUGAGGAGUGAAUCCAUAUAUAGGUGGGUGCUAUGGUUUCUGUAUAUUCUUUUUGUUGACCAAGGUGCACGUCAAUGUGGGAAAAGUCACCAGGGCACACCUAUUGUUUUUCUUUUUACCUUCAUCAGCCGCUUAUAAAUGUCACAUUUACACAAAGACUUAUUAGAGAAUUUUGCAUACUUGUAACCAAAUUGGCUACUUAGUUUGAAUGAUUUUUCAGAUGAGAAUCGCAACUUGAAUUCAAACAAUUAUCAAAAACAAAAAUACAUAUAUCUAGGACGGCAUUCAAACUGGGUUAUUUACUAAAGUGAGAAUUGUGGGGAAUUCAAAGUGAAAGUACUUGCCAUUUAACUUGAAGUAACUCAACAUCUGUGAACAGCCAAACAGCUUCUGAUAUUAGGCCUUCACCGACAUCUCCUACAGCCAUAAGUUGAGGUGCCCUUUUGUCUUAUACUAUAUCUAUUUAUACAAAUAGUCAUAUGCAAAAUAAGACUUUAGACAUAUCAGAGGAACCACCCUUCAAAGCAGAUGCUUCUGAUAUUGUGGCAUUGUACCCCUGAAAAAAAGUAUGGUGUUGUCACAGCCCUCUUCCACUCUGUUAUAUUUCUCCUGAAAACCCAAUUUAAAAAUUCCAGUAAAAUAAUUGGAUUGUCAGCUGUGGCAAGCAGAUUCUUAAUUUUUACAUACUGCCUUUUAUUUUCUUUUUAAUGAUUACUUUACCAAUGAUAUGGAUAAUUUAGUAGAUACAUUUUUUUCUCUGUAGACCUCUCACCUGGAUUGAAGAAAGGGCUCCUGGUUUGAAACGAGAGAAGAAAGUCCACUUUUCCUUCACAUCUGGUGUUCUUGACACUCUCCCUCCAGCUCCCAGAGGGGCUGUGGGUCCCUUUUUGCAAGAUCAGAAUCUAUUUGCAAAGAAGCUCCUCGGCCAGGUAUCCAGAGAGGACCUUUCAGUAGAGAAGAAACGAAUACUCCAUUGCAUUCAUUUGGCUGAGAGGAUUAGACAGUUGUGUGCCAAGUGAGAUAAUAGUGACAUAGAACAAACCACUGAAAGGGAUAUGUCUGUGAGAUUGUACUUAAUGAAAUGUAUUGUUAUUGACUCUUAUUUUUUGAGAAUUUGUGAAACAUUUUAACACAGCAUAGGUUUAGACACGAUAAAGAAAUGGCUAGCCUCUAGUCCCAUUAAAAUGCAUUUGUGCUGUGCCUUAUUGUAAUACAAAAUGUGCAUUAACAUCUAAAUGAAUGUAAAAUCUGCAAACCUUUAACUAUUUUUGCAACUUGCCAAUGACUAGGCCAUUAGACACGUAGCACUGAUUGCUUGAAAUAUUAUAAUAACUUUAUAUCGUCUACUUUGAUUAAACAUUCAAAUAUCUGUACCAACCGUUACCAAUAAUGUACUAACAUUCAGUUUCAUCACAACAAACAAAAAAUGAGUGAAUUUAAAAUAAGCACACUAGAUGACUGAAUGUUGGUAGAAGUAGAGGACAUGGCAGCAGCAAAAAAAUAUUAAAAAUCUGUUAAUUUCAAAAGAAAUAAAAUAAAUACAAAGUAGUAAACGAUAGUCUCUGCCAGACACAGGUGAGAGUAACCGAAUAAAUAAUAAAAUAAUAAUAAACAAUAGAGAUACAGAUGAAGCAAAAUGGAGUAGUUAAAGCAACAUGAAAAGUCUUAAAUAGACCUUACCAAUAUAAGUGCACUCAUAAGUAUAAACAUGACUGUUUUACAAGGCCGCAGGUGCUGUAUUUGGUAAUAGCUUAACAUAGGAAACACUCAAACGAAGUCUUUUCAGUUGACUUGUAAAAUGGUAAAUUCUUCCUUUUUAAAGGGUAUUCUAAGCACCGUUACCACCUCAGGAUUCUAAAAUGAUAUUGGUGUAAGGACCCUGCAUGUGGAGCUUUGCAGUAUAAAAUGCGGCACAUACAUACAUAGAUAUUUCAUGUUGCUUCUGGAGCUCAACUUCCACCCCCUGCAGUCUUUGUUAGUCACUUCUGAAUGAAAGGUCCAUGCUGGCUAAUGUCCGUUAUGUGGGUUAUUCUCUGCACAGAGCUUCAUUCAUUGGCUGAGAACACACACCCAAAGCCCUAAAGAAAUAGAAAUACACACACACACACACACACACACACACACUCUCUCCCUCUACCCCUACCCUACAGAACAAUCACUACUUUUUAUUUUUAGAAAUGUAGCACAUUAGUCAAACGUAUUUUUUAUUUAUUUUUUUACUUUAAAUGGGAACUUUACUGUUCCUGCAAUUAAUCAUUUGUAUCGGAUAUAUCUGGGAAUCUUAAAGGGUCACUCCUUGCAAUUGAUUACUUCUGUGAUCUAAUGUGGUCAUGGUGCCUGGAGUCUGAAUAUGCAUUUCAAUUUGUAACACUGCACAUAGAGAGAUUAAAUUCUUAGCUGUCAGAGGUGUAACUCCACAGUUCCAGGCUGGCUAAUGUCAAUUCUUUGCAAAAUUGGAGUCUAACACCAGCACAACCAGCAUGCGGGCACCAGUCAGUCAGCAGUGGCACAGCUUUCCUCUUCGAUUUCCCUCCUGGAUCAGGUUGUAGCGAUAACUUGGAGUUGGCGAUAAGUUGGGGGGUGGCGGAUCACCCCAGGAAGGGUUACUAUAACCAAAACAAGUGUUUUAUGAGUACUGUUUUUUUGGUUGCAGGAUCACUUUAAAAGCAAAGUAAUUAAUUGUUCUGUAGUUUUGUUUUUUUUUUCAUUUUUUACCUUUUAAAGAUACCUUAUUUCCUUUAAUAGGAAAAGCAGAAAAAUACUUGAUAACCCGUAUAAAAUAUUGUUAUUGUAAUAUAGCUUGGUUAAAUGAUGAAAAUGAAAAGUCUGCAUUGUUUCUUCAAGAUGCUACAAAAUUGCAGCUGUUAGAAUCUGAUUAAAAAAAAUGUCAUGUCAGCUAUAUUUCUCUUUAGAAUAAUCACUGGCGUUCUAGUUCUAAGGUAUUACCUGGAAUCUUUUUUUUUUUUUUUAAAUGUAAUCUUCUUUCUUGCACAUUUUCUAUACAGAUAUGCACAUUACUUCACACUUUAAACUGCUGAUGCAGCAGACACAACACAUUUUAGAACGAAAUCAAAUGUUGCAUUUGCAGUACAAUUUCUUCUUCAUUGAUUUAGAGCCAAUACCAAACGUCUUGUACCAAUACUGAUGAUUGCAUGAUGAUUACUGAUUCAUUGCAUUCAUAAAUGCCUUCUUGUGAAAUGUGUAUGUUCAUGGAGGAGUGUUGUGUUAACAAAGUUAUAUUUUUUUUUAAUGAAAGUAUAAAUUUUGUGUUUUUUGUUUUUUUCUUCUAUUAAGAAAGUGUUUUCCAAAGUAACAAACCCAUGCUUUUUAUUUAUCAUCUUUUAUUAACUAUUAAGAAACAUUGCAAUAAUUGAAUGAAAAAUACUUCCUAUAGUCUGUGCAUUUGUGUUUACUUUCGUACAUAUAAAACAAAUAAAAAAAUAAAGCACAGGCUCGGAG